CCCUGGCUACAUGUUUUUGUCCGUGCAAUGACGUGUCCAUUUUGUUUUUUCUUUCCUUUUUUUCUUUUGUGUCUUUUUUGUCUCUGUGUGUAUGUUUGUGUCUACCUCUUUGGCUAACAGAUGCAAAUACCCCAAAGAAGUGUCGUGCCUUGUUCGGGCUUGACCAGCUGAGUUUAUGGUGCAAACCAUGCAGGAGAAAAAAAAAGUGCAUUCGCUACAUCCAAGGUGAAGGCAGCUGUGCCAGUCCUCCCUCUACGGACGGAAGCUUACUAGACUCCCCCCCAUCCUCCCCCUCCUCAGUGGUUCCCUCCCCCUCCUCAAAAGAGUCCAAACCUCAGACUGAACAAAUGCAACCUCUCUCACUGACUAUGAAACCGGCCCACCAGCCACUCCACCACCCGCACCUCCUGGCUGGGCCUCCACCGCCAUCUUUGGUUCAGCUGGAAAACUCUGCUGCAGCUAGGAAAACGCCCGGCGCCUCCUCCCACAACGGAGCCCUGGAGCACGGUGACAUCUCGUCCUCGCGCCAGCCGGGCUCCUCUGUGGCGUCCUCAAUGGCCCGGCCCUCGGCAUCGCUGUGUCAUUCACACUCGCUCCUCCCCUCCACGGCCCCUCAGCCUCUGUCGCUAGUGACCAAGUCUAUAGAAUAGUCUACCCUAUUCUUCUCCUCUUUUCUAGCUCUGCACACACACACAAACACACCUUUCUAGGCCCUCUCUCUGCUAUAUUUCACUUGCUGUCAGUUCUUUUUUCUCUUUAUGUUUCUGUGCCAUAAGGCUUUGAAAUUUUAGUUUUUGUUUAUUAAAGUUCAUUGGUCAAUAUUUGACCCAUCAUUAUCAAAAAAAAUCUAAUUAUUAUAAAGAAAUGAUACAAUGAGCUGUAGUAUAGCUUUGUGAAUCUGCCAAAAUUUUUAUGAAUUUUGUUUUGUCUUUUUUGUAGUGUUAAAACAGUGCAAACAGAAAAAUUAUCUAGUUCAACUUCAAAAUGUUUAAAAGACGGAUAUAAAAAGGUAGGCUAGAUUAUUCAGUGAGCCCUUUUCUUGAAAGAGUUGGUUCUCCUUCUUUAUUUGUAUUAAAUACGAGCUUGCGAACCAAUCAUUUGACAUCUGUUCAAACUCUAGGAGGGCAUGAGGCUAGCGGUGACACCUCUCCGAGGAACAACUUUAAUUGUGAUGUUAACUUGUUCUUGUUUAAAUGUACAGAAUAAUGGGGAGGGGGGGAUUACUGUGUUAAAUAUGCAUUCUUCCACUGCGUUGUCUUUUUUCUUUGUUGUUUACCUUUGGGGUGGAGUCAGGCAAGUUGGGUGGGCUUGAGGGGAGGUCGGGGUGGGAGGGUUGAGGGUUAUUAAAUUCAAAAUGUCACAACGCUAGGACCAGUAGUAUUUAUUGCUUUAGAGAUUGCUUGUUGUAUCUUGUACGUGUCUCUUUUGACUUUUUUUUCUUAAUACAUUGUACAAAUAUUUUUUCUUAAGGUAAGCGACUUAUAUAUGAAUGAUCCAUUUUUACAAGGAGGUUUUAAAAGGCAAAUUUUUUUGUUAAUGAUUUCUUUCCUCGCUGAAAACCUGGAUUCCACUCAGUGUACUGCGUAGAUCUCAUGAACAGAAGUAUGCACAACUUCAUUUCAAGAAAUGCGUCUAUAAGCCAUUUUACAAAAAGAAGAAAAGAAAAACUUGAAACAAGAGACAGUGGGUACCGUGUCUUCAGUAGUUGGAAAAGUGUCUAAAGCCCUUCUUUUUUAUUGCACAGUCACAUCUCUCAAGACUGUAGAUUCGUGUACAGAUUUUCCGUGCCAAAUUUUGUGAUAAUUUUCUCUGCCCCUCUAACCACGCUGUAGGGAUCCUUUUUUGUUUGUUUGUUUUGUUGUCUUUUUUUUUUUUUAUUUUAUUUUUUUUUAUUUUGAUACCAUUCUUUGCUGUGACGUUACAUAGAUUGCUAUGUAUGUAGUAUAAAUGUUGCUAUAACAAAUGUGUUUGGUAGCAAAUUGUCAAAUAUUAAAAUUUAAACUUAAUAAAAAGGCGGACAUCAUACUGUAUAAACCCACAAGGGCCAAAUUAUGUAUAUUAGGAGGUUCAUAAAAAAACUAUUAAAUACAAAAAAAUACACAAACUGCCACUUUUAAGUACACUACUACAUAUAGGUAGAUAGAAAAAAUAGGCAUGUUGAUGUUGCAAGAGGCUGUAAAAAAAGCUACAAGAGAAUCAUCCACUCGGUGCCAUUGUAGUUGACAUGACGCGACUGUAAUCUGUCGAUUUCUUCUCUGGUUUAUUAAGAUGCUAAUGAUAAAUAGUUUGAAUGUUUCCUUAACGGCUGUGAUGUUCCUGUUCUAUUUUAUGCUCUUAUCUUUUUGUUUGUUUGUUUUUCCUGUUAUUUUAAAUGGUUCCAAAACCAUGUUUUUUUGUAAUGAAUAAAUGUUUAUGCUGUACAGUCUCUGUAGCAUGCAGUUCUGUAUUAAUAAAAGCAACUUAGUAUGUGCA